AAACAUUAAUUGGUUAGAUGGCAAUACCGUUACGUCCCUGAAUUUCACGGAGUGGGAAUGAAACCAAGCAAUAGGAGAUAACCCCGCGUUAGCGGACCAGAGCCCCGAACAGUCCGCUAACGCGGGGUUCCACUGUAUAUAUGUUUCCAGAUGGUACAGCGAUUGCAGAUUCUAGUACUGCAAGCGAUUUGGUUUUGGAUAUGAAAGGUAAAAGUUCAAAUAAACAUAUUAUCAAACAAGAUAAUACAAUAUUAUUUUGCUUUCAGAUCAACAUUUAUGGUCUCGUAAUGAAACAUUAUUACUCAUUAAUUUAUACAAAGAGUAUAUGGAAAUGUUCAACAAUCUAAAAAUUAGUUCAAAACAAUGUUGGAAUUAUUUAUCGAAAAAAAUGGCAAAAUCAGGAUACCAGAUAUCUGCAAUAAAAUGUUCGACAAAAUUUCAAUGUCUGAAACGAACGUACGAAGUUAUUACCGAUCAUAACAAGAAAUCAGGAAACAAUAGGAGAAAUUGGGAAUAUUAUGAGAUUAUGCAUGAGAUAUUUGGGACUAAACCUUGGGUUGAACCAAUAGCGACAGCUGGGAGUGGCAUAACUGAUAAUAACGAUGCGAAUGAAAAUAAAGAAAAUGAUAAUCCGGGAAAAUCAGGUGCUUAA